UUAACCUGGGAACCGAACCGGAUCCGAACCGAUCUGACCUGAGUGGAUGUGAUUACUGAAUUUUAAUCAUGGCUGAGAAGCGCCGGUCUCCGUGUACCAUGAGCCUGAAGGCGCACGCGUUCUCGGUGGAAGCGCUGAUCGGUGCGGAGAAGCGCAGGAAGCUGGAUGAGGAGGAGGAGGAGGAGGAGGACACCGAGAGCUGUUUCGGGGAGUUCAACGAAGUCGCGAGUCUGACCGGGAGCGCCGGAGCUCGGAGCUGCGACACCGACUGCGAUGCUUCCCCUGAGUGUGAUGAUGUGCUCUCUGAGAGCCCUCGCCCUUCGUCCCGCACUUCCCAGCUUCUGGCCUCACCAGCACCCACAGGUACCAGAGCACCAGAGGAGACACGCGUGGAUCUGCAGGGCUCAGACUUAUGGAAACGCUUCCAUGACAUCGGGACUGAAAUGAUCAUCACCAAAGCAGGCAGGAGAAUGUUUCCAGCCAUGCGAGUGAAAAUUACAGGACUGGACCCUCAUCAGCAGUACUACAUCGCAAUGGACAUCAUAGCUGUUGAUAACAAGCGCUACAGGUAUGUCUACCACAGCUCCAAAUGGAUGGUGGCUGGAAAUGCCGAUUCGCCUGUUCCACCUCGUGUGUACAUCCAUCCAGACUCUCCUGCUUCCGGUGAGACGUGGAUGCGACAGGUCAUCAGCUUCGACAAGCUCAAACUGACCAAUAACGAGCUGGAUGACCAAGGCCAUAUCAUCCUGCACUCCAUGCACAAGUACCAGCCCCGGGUCCACGUCAUCCGUAAGGAGUGUGGUGAUGAGCUCUCCCCGGUUAAAGCCGUUCCAACCGGGGAUGGAGUGAAGGCCUUUUCCUUCCCUGAAACGGUCUUCACUACAGUCACGGCUUACCAGAACCAGCAGAUCACAAGACUGAAAAUCGACAGGAACCCGUUCGCCAAAGGAUUCAGAGACUCGGGCCGAAACAGGAUGGGACUGGAGGCGCUGGUGGAAUCGUACGCCUUCUGGAGGCCCUCGCUAAGAACUCUGACAUUUGAGGACAUACCAGGAAUGACCAAACCAGGUGUAGCAGGGUCCCAUGGCGUGGUCGGAUCUACUGCACACUCACACCUACUCUCCUCAUCGUCCUGCACCUCUCCAGCGUUUCACCUGGCCUCUGGGGCGGGGCCUAUUUGCGACUACUCCGCCUGCAGCCGAACCAGCCACCCUCUUCAUCGGUUCGCCCCACCCCUGACCGCAGACUCUUUCAACCGAUUGGCCGGCUCAGCAGCCGACGCGUUCGGCUCGACCAGAAACCCCGCUUAUGUGGCCGGGGCAGAUUCUGAGGCAUUCUCCUGCAUCCCUGGUAUGCCGAGUCACGCCCCUCAGCUCCAGUAUUUUAUGCAUAGCCCUGGCCACAAUGCCUUUUCCACCAAUCAAAGCCCACAGAGCUCGUAUAACGGCUUUCGUCUGCACAGUCCGUACGGCCUCUACGGAUACAACUUCUCCACCUCACCGAGAUUGGCUACAAGUCCUGAAAAGAUGGCGGCCACUCAAAGCUCGGUUCUUGGUUCCUCACCCAGCGGUACCUUGACAGACAGGCAGGUGCUGUCGCCUGCGGACAGUCUGCACAUGCUCAGUAGCGGUCAGCAAUCGCUGUUCGACUCGCGGACUUUGGGGCUGACGAGUUCUGCAUCGCAGGUCACGGCACACAUGGCCUGAUUUGUGAACUUUGACCCUAGACAGGUGGACAAAGUGUAGUGGCCUCUAAAGGGUCUUUUUUGGACACGUGGACAAUAUGAAGAGUCUUGAUGAAGAUAAAAAAGUUGGAUGUUUU